AUGAGAAAUGAUAAAGGAGCAGAAGGGCAUGGGAAGAAGAAAGGGGAAGAAGAGUGCGAAUUUCUAAGUGAUUUAGGAGAUUUAUCCAGAUCCACCAAUGGGAGGGUGAGGAGAGCAGGCAGGGGGCGGGGUCGUCGCGCGGGGCGGUCGCGCGGGGCGGUCGCGCGGGGCGGUCGCGGGGGUGGGGAAGGCGCCGGGCCUUUGCGCAAGGAGUGCUUCAGCAGAUUUCUAGAGAAGCGCCCGGACAAAGUCGGGGGAAGGGCUCUCGAGACAAGCUGCACGGUGUCGGGCCAGCCAGCGCCCAGGGGGAGCCCAGCGUCCCGUCGCAAGAUUUGUAGGUUACGAAGAUGCUAUUAUUAUUUGCUCCCCUGGUGUGCCAGAAAACCUCCAGGUUGGUCACAACUCUUUCUGGACUCAGCAUGUAAGGGAAACUUCACCUACAUGAUAGCCAAGAAGUGUCAAAGAAGACAGAAAAGUCAGAAGAAACCAAGACAUCUUGGACCACUAGAUGAUUCCUGGCAGGAAAGGCUGGCUGAUGUUGUGACGCCACUCUGGAGGCUGAGCCAUGAAGAACAGCUCAAGCCUGUCAUCAAUGGCUACCGAAAUAAGUCCACCUUCUCUGUGAACUGAGGUCCAGAUGGCAAUCCAAAGACUGGGGGGUACUACCUGGGAACUUGGAGAGACAGGAACAUAGUCUGUGUACUGUCUAACCAUCUGAAAAACAUCCCCAAGAAACACAGUCAAGUGGCACAGUACUACGAAGUAUUCCUUCGACAGUCCCCAUUGGAGCCCUGCCUUCUGUUUCAUGAAGGUGGGUACUGGUGUGAGCACAUAGCCCACACCAAUAGCUGAGGGCACACAAUGGCCAUCAUCACUUUCCAUCACCAGGAAUUAAGGCCGGAGGAGCUCUGUGUUCAGAAGGAGACUGUAAAGAAGUUUUUCACCAAAGGGCCAGGAGCAGUCUGUGACUUGACAUCACUUUACUUCCAGGAAAGCACUAUGACCCGUUGCAGCCAUCAGCAGUCCCCCUACCAGCUCCUGUUUGGGGAACCCCACAUCUUUGAAGAUCUCCUGGGGUUGAAGAUAUGCAUCUCUCCAGAUGCCUUUUUCCAGGUUAACACUGCUGGUGCAGAGAUACUGUAUCGGACAGUGGGGGAGCUGAGUGGAGUGAACUCUAACACCAUCCUCCUUGACAUCUGCUGUGUAACUGGUGUGAUUGGCCUCUCUCUGGCUCAGUAUACCUCCUAGAUCUUUGGGAUUGAGUUGGUGGAGCAGGCGGUAGAGGAUGCCAGGUGGACUGCAGCCUUCAAUGGCAUCACCGACUGUGAAUUACAUACCGGUCGAGCAAAGAAGAUUUUGCCACAGCUACUGAAGUCAAAGGAAGAUGGGCAGUUAAUUGUUGCUAUAGUGAACCCAGCAGCGGGACUGCAUUACCAGGUGGUUCAAGCCAUUCAAAACUGAGGGGCCAUCCGCAUACUAGUUUUUGUUUCCUGCAAGCCCCAUGGUGAAACUACAGGGAACAUCAUUGAGUUGUGCUGUCCUCCAAACUCUGCUAAGAAGCUCCUUGGCGAGCCUUUCGUCCUAAGACAAGCUGUGCCUGUGGAUCUGUUCCCCCACACCCCGCGCUGUGAGCUGGUGCUUCUCUUCACUCAAUAA